CCUACACACAUAGUAAGCUAACCCUAAUUGUAAGUAAUUGUUAAUUAGUAGGUCAAAGUAAAUGAAAUAAAAAAAAUCCACGUCAUAAAUACCACAAUCAUGGUCUCUUAAUCAAAAAAGUCAAAUAGAUGACAAAAAAAACACUACAAAAGCCAUCUCUCCCACCACACCCUUUCCCUCAAUGCAACAGUCCAUAAUUCAACUUCCUCUCCAUCCGAAUUGCUAUAUUCCUUCCAUUACACAAAAUGUUGGGUAAGAAACUUGGGUCGAUGAAGAAACUUGGUUCAAUGAAGAAAUUAGCCAAGAAGGUGAAGGCCAUCGGCAGCAACGAUGCCGACUACUUGCUCGGGGAUGACGGCGGCGCCACCGCCCCCACGCCCACCGGAACAUUCCCGGUGUACGUGGGCGAGUGCCGGCAGAGAUUCGUGGUGCCAACCAGCUAUCUCUCACACCCUCUCUUCAAGAUCAUGUUGGAGAAAGCGUAUAAUGAGUUCGGAUUCGACCAAAGAAAUGGGCUGGUUGUACCAUGCAGCGUUGCCGCAUUUCAAGAAGUCAUCAAUGCGGUUGAAUGCUGCAAUUGCAAAUUUGAUUUUGGUGAGUUGGUGCAGGAGUUUAUUUAGGCUCAGCCUGCAUUAGUUACUUGUACAUUACUCUUCUAUAUAUAUAGGAAUACGUAGACAAAAAUUCUAGAUUCGUAUCAAGUGUUUUAGCAUAAGCACAAAAUGUUUGUAACUCCAUGUUUUGGGACUUGGUGGAAAAUAUACUGCAAUAAUUUUCAGUGUAUAUAUGUCAUAGAAGAAAGUUAGUAUUUGACAGUCUUAUUACGGAACA